AGGAGGCAGGAAAAAGGAGAUACACUCGUUUUCCUGUCUUGGCAAAAAAAAAGGAGAAGAAAGAAGUGAGUGUUAUUUCUAGGAAGUGCAAACCAGAGCUGGCAUUGCUCUUGAUUUUCGUCUUGUUUCUGACUGAAACUGCUGCUGCUGGGCGGUUGAUCGUCUGCGCAGGCGUCCGCAUUCCUCAGCUGUGAUUGAAAACGAUUGGGAUUAGUUUCACUGAAACUCGCUCGGACAUUAGCUCGGUUUAUGCAAUAUUUCUUAACUUAACAGCAGCAGCAGCAGCUCAGGGAAACUGGAGAGGAGCAGCUGACAAAUACGCAGACGGGCUGGGAGGUUUAUUUAUCUGCUGUCCCGGACACUGACAGAGAGGGUUGGUAGAUCUGGAUCCAGAGCCAGAGACCAGAAUGGAGGGAGGAGGCCAAGUCGGGCCCACGUCAAUCCGAGGCCAUGGCCAGCUCUCCCGGCUUCGCAGCUCUUCCCUGGAAAUCAGGGAAAAAGGGUCAGAAAUCCUCAGGGAACAGCUGGAUGCUGCAAAGAAGGAACUGAAACUAAAGGACAAGGAGUGCGAGCGUCUGUCGCAAGUUAGGAAUCAACUGGAGCAGGAGCUAGAGGAGCUGACAGCCAGUCUGUUUGAGGAGGCUCACAAGAUGGUGCGUGAUGCUAAUGUGAAACAAGCAGCUUCAGAGAAACAGCUCAAGGAGGCUCAGGGGAAGAUUGAUGUUCUGCAAGCAGAAGUGACGGCACUCAAGACUCUGGUGUUGACAUCCACACCUUCUUCACCAAAUCGCCAGCUGCAUCCACAGCUGCAGUCUUCAGGUACCAGGGGAUCGUACAAAUCGCACAUCCGGAACAAGAGCGCCAGCGGUGCAUUUCCACUCUCACCUGCAAAAAAAGAAGUUUCCAAUCAGCCUGUGUCCAAAGAGGACCGAGAGAUGGACUCCAUUUUGUUUGCUGAGUUUCUGAUGUGGAAGGAACGCCCGAGCCUGGACCGCUCCUCCGCCUUCCUGAGUCGUAUUUACAGAGAAGACAUCGGGCCCUGCCUCUCCUUCACGAGAUCAGAGCUGUCCCACCUGGUCCAGAGCGCAGUGGAGAACAACUCUCUGACCAUUGAGCCUGUCGCCAUGUCGGCAGUACCGAUGGUUAAAGCCUCAGCUAUAGAGUGUGGAGGUCCUAAUGGCUUUAGGGCUGCAGUAGAGACAAAAUGUGCAUUAAGUGGCUUGUCACGGCUUUGCAAACAUCGCAUUAAACUUGGCGACAAAGAGAGCUACUAUUACAUCUCACCUUCCAGCCGAGCACGGAUCACGGCUGUCUGCAAUUUCUUCACUUAUAUCCGCUACAUCCAGCAGGGCCUGGUGAGACAUGAUGCGGAGCAGAUGUUCUGGGAAAUCAUGCGUCUUCGUAGAGAGAUGAAUGUGGCGAAAUUAGGUUUCUACCUCACUGACCAGGGCUAGGACGGUACCUGGAACACCCAACAAGAGAGCAUAGCAGUUACAGCCUUGGGUAACUGUGGCAACGCACAUGUCUUUGAUCAGGUUGAACAGUGCUGCAGCAAAGGUCACCAACAAGGGAAGCAAAACAUGUUUGUCACCUUUGGAAAUGCAAUAAAACGAUCAGAAUCAAAUCAGCACUCCAGGAAUGACAUUAAAGUCCAUGUUUUUUUUUGUUGUUUUUUUUAAAAGAUGAUAUUAUUCCCAGACAUGUUGGAGAGGUUUUUUCUGUUGCACCACAUUCCCGGAAAAUAACUGUUGUUAUUGUUGAAAGUGUGGAGAAACUUCUUACUGAAUCAUCCACGAAAUACAAAAUUUCUCAUUUUUAUACAAUAGACUGUGUCCUGAUUAAGGCAUUAGCCUGCAAAAUAAUGAGCACAAUCUUAACCUCAAGUAUUACAAAUAUGUGGUGUAAUAGUUUUAUUGUUUCCACACAGCAAUGAUUCAGCUUGUUUUCUUUGUACUUUCAGUUAUCAGCUCAGACACCACAGCCCAGACCUUCAUUCUGAGCAUGGCCUUAAUUUUGUUGGUACACUUCCUGCUCUGCCUUGUACAAAGACUUAACUUAGUCACCUUCAGCUUCUCGUUAGCCCUGUACCUAAAAAUCAGAUGUAUCGUUAAUUAUUACCCACCCAUGCUCAGAAUAGGGAGAGCUUUACAGUGCCAGGUGAAAAAAGCUUUUAAGAUGUGAUUGAGUUUUGCACAUCUGUAGUUAACAGUAUGAACAUAAAGUAAAAGCCAUAAUUGACUUUGCAUGAAUGCAGAAAAUAGCCAUAGUGUAUAUAGGUUGUACAUCAUAUUAUAGAUUUAUUGUUACUGACUUUUGAAGUAUAGUGUGUCAGAACGUGCAAUAACUGCUUCUUAGCCUUAUGCAGGGCUUUGAGGUUCCUGACCUCAGUGUACUCAUAAUCAACUGUGUAAAAGCUGCAUUAAACACGAGGCAUUGUAUACCAGCUGUCA